GGGCAACUCGCGGAUUCCCCGCCCCACAGUUCUGGCUAGAGUCCCGGUGCGCACGGACGUGGCUCGAGUUUCCUCCGCUCUGGGCUCCUGCUCGCUUUCCCUUCUCUCGCUCCUCCUUCUCUCCGGGUCUCCCGCUCCAGUUCCACUCGGUCGGCCCCGCACGGCUCCGGGAAGCCAUGGAGGAUGUCACGCUCCAGAUCGUCGAGCGACCGUAUUAUUCCGGAUUUCCCGAUGCUUCCUCCGAGGGCCCGGAGCCCACCCAAGGGGAGGCGCGGGCCACCGAGGAGCCGUCGGGGACCGGCUCCGACGAGCUGAUCAAGUCGGACCAGGUGAACGGUGUGCUGGUGCUGAGCCUUCUGGAUAAAAUCAUCGGCGCCGUUGACCAGAUCCAGCUGACCCAAGCCCAGCUGGAGGAGCGGCAGGCGGAGAUGGAGGGCGCUGUGCAGAGCAUCCAGGGAGAGCUGAGCAAGCUGGGCAAGGCGCACGCCACCACGAGCAACACCGUAAGCAAGCUGCUGGAGAAGGUGCGCAAGGUCAGCGUCAACGUGAAGACCGUGCGCGGCAGCCUGGAGCGCCAGGCCGGCCAGAUAAAGAAACUGGAGGUCAACGAGGCGGAGCUGCUGAGGCGCCGCAACUUCAAAGUCAUGAUCUACCAGGAUGAAGUCAAGCUGCCGGCCAAACUGAGUGUCAGCAAGUCGCUCAAAGAGUCGGAGGCGCUGCCGGAGAAGGAGGGUGACGAGCUGGGCGAGGGCGAGCGGCCCGAGGAGGACGCCGCGGCGAUCGAGCUGUCGUCUGACGAGGCGGUGGAGGUGGAGGAGGUGAUCGAGGAGUCCCGCGCCGAGCGCAUCAAGCGCAGCGGCCUGCGGCGCGUGGACGACUUCAAGAAGGCUUUCUCCAAGGAGAAGAUGGAGAAGACCAAGGUGCGCACGCGCGAGAACCUGGAGAAGACGCGCCUGAAGACGAAGGAGAACCUGGAGAAGACGCGGCACACGCUGGAGAAGCGCAUGAACAAGCUGGGCACGCGCCUGGUGCCCGUGGAGCGACGCGAGAAGCUGAAGACGUCGCGCGACAAGCUGCGCAAGUCCUUCACGCCCGACCACGUGGUGUACGCGCGCUCCAAGACCGCCGUCUACAAGGUGCCGCCCUUCACCUUCCACGUCAAGAAGAUCCGCGAGGGCGAGGUGGAGGUGCUGAAGGCCACCGAGAUGGUGGAGGUGGGGCCCGAGGACGACGAGGUUGGCGCGGAGCGUGGCGAGGCCACCGACCUGCUGCGCGGGAGCAGCCCCGACGUGCACACGCUGCUGGAGAUCACCGAGGAGUCGGACGCCGUCCUGGUGGACAAGAGCGACAGCGACUGAGCAGGACUCGCGCCUGACCCUGCCGCCCCCUGAUCCCUGCCCCUGGCCACCACUGCCUUUCUCUUUUCAAACUUUGUCUUUUGCAUUCUAAGCCCCAGUCUGGUUGGGCUUUUUGUUUGUUUGUUUGUUUUCCUUUUCAUAAAAGCGGGGAAUACACAUCCCCAGGAAGAGCAGCCCUCCAAAGCACAGGCCUUAGACCAGAGGGGAGGUGGACGCCAUGGACAGCCUCGAUUUGGAUACAGUCUGGGUAGGAUAUGGGAAGAAUGACCCGUGCCCUGGUUGUCCUGGUGCAGAAUGUUGUUUUGUUUUGUUUUUUUAGCUCCCGUCUGGGGUCAGCCUGCCCCUCGGCCCUUCCCCAGCACAGCUUCACGCUCAGCCACACCACCCUGCUUCCUGAGCUUUUCCUCACCCUGGGAGACUCUAAAGCCAAACUUUCUGUAAAGGGAAAGAGGGAAUCCUAAAGACAACUCUUUUAGGAGCAGCCUUCUAGUGCCAGCUUAAUCUCCCUGAGAGGAUGAGGCAGGAGACUUGCAAGUUCAAGGCCUACCUGGGUUGCAGGGUGAGUUCAAGGCCAGCUUGGGUAAUGUAGUGAGAUGCUGUUUCAAAAUAAGAAGAGGUAGGGGGUGUGUCACUGAUAGAGAGCCCUUGCUUAGAAGGAGAGGGUGGGCAAUUCAAAGUAGCCCGAAGAUAAAGUGUGUGUAGGGAGACCUUUGCCCAGAGGUGGCCCAUUGGAAGACCUGAGGGUCAUUAGAGGAACCUAAGACAAUAGGAUGGGGUGAAGGCAGAGUGUGAUCCCGGAUAAAGGUCACACCAAAGUAAGCAGGAGGUGAGCAGAAUCCAGGAAAGGAUGGUAGGUGUGUGGGGAGAGGGGCACAUUUACAAAUCUACAGAAUCUGCACACAGGAGCACGUGAGUGUGUCUUUGGGAAGAGGGAGGAAGAUAGGAGAGGGUUGGAAUGGAAUAAGAAGGAAAUGUCCUCUUUAGUAACACAAAGAAAUUCAAGACAAGAGUUCUACGUUGGUAGGAUCUCAGGCCAGCAGGGCAGUUUCCGGGAAGGCAGUCAGUGAUUCUCUCUUCCAAGAUCUGGGAACUGCCCCCUGAGAAGCCUUUUUUCUCCAAGCCCAGAAAAUUAGGGUUCCAGCAGGGGGCAGCAGCGAGCUGUGGAGAGCUGGCAGUUAGGCGGAAGGUGAGAGUAAGCAAGGUGCUCAAGGCGGGGCCUAGAGCAGAGAUCCCGAGCUGGAAGCUGGGCAAAUAGGGCCUGCUGGCUCGCCCACCCUAACUCCCUCUCAGCUGCCUUUAGCGUGGCUCUCUUCCUAAGGUAAAACUGUAGAGCUUGCCAAGACCUCCCUAAGGUCCUUGCCUUUGGGGGCACCUUUACCCGAAAGUUGGGGAGAGUGGGGUGCUGCUUCUUGUCCAGGGCUUGAUUUCUAUAGUUACCGACCAGGUUUUCUCCUGAGGACGCAUUGGUUCCCCCUUUAAAGGCUGGUCAGGAGCAAAGACAGCACCUUCCCCAAAUGAUAGCUAUAGGCUGCCUCCUCCUCCCCACCUAUGCGCCUUCCCUGCUUUUUAGAAUUGCAGCUAAUUGAUAUUUUGGGGCGGGGAGAGGGGAUGGGAACCACAAACCUUUUAUACAAUACAAAGCUUUGCUUUUUAUUUUUAAUUUUCCUUUUCUUGGUCCCCUUCCCUCCUCUGAAUGAUUGGAGACAGAUAGGCGGAGGAGGGUGGGUAUAAAUACAGAUGUGGGCAGAUGCAGUUUCCUGGGGGCUCUGGGGGAGACCCUCGAGUUGCUGUGUUCUGGUGAGCAGCCGGACCAAUAAACCUGCUUUUCUAAAAGGA